AUCAGAUAACGAUCCGAUCAGACAAAACGCAUGAAGUGACCAGGUGUAAACAGGUCCGAGGAUCGCUCUCCCUCCACAUUGUUUCAUUUUAGCUUCAAGAAAACUGGAAAACUGGUACAACGAUAAAAAUCACUCCAGUUUCGCUAUCUAUUCGUAGGCGGGGAAACUAACCAACCAAUCAGAGCUGGAGUUAUCGAAGCGUCAGGUCGACCAAUGGGCGCGUGCUGUUAGCUUGCUGGCUAACACGAAGUGAUUUCACUCUAACUUUGCCUCAGGUGAACGCAGAAACACAUUUAUACCUGCCACACGUAAGUAUAAAAAAAGAAAAGAAAAACAAACAGGUUAGGCUUUGAGAAAACAAGUACCAAUCAAUUUGUUGUGUUCAGAUUGUUAUGGUGUGCUAUGCCUCAAAAAUUAGUCAUAUAAAAGUAUCUAAAAUUGCUUAGCUGUAACCAAUUAAUUCAUUAUGCAUAGUCUGUGAAUAAUGUGACAAGGACAUAGACAGGUAAACACACACAAACAUAUCAAACAAUUGCAAACACAACACAGGUUUAUAUAUUUAAAAAAAAAACUUUGUUAAAUAUAUUACUCCAAUUCCAAAAACGUUGGGAAAGUAUGGAUAAAAACAAAGAGGAGUGAUUUGUAAAUGUACUUUGACCGUAUAAAGCCAAGGUAUUUAAUGUUUUACGUAAUGAAUUGCAUAGUUUUUUGUUUUUUUGUUUUUUUAAGAUAAAUGUCUAUUUUGAAAUUGAAGCAUGCAACACGUUCGAAAAAAGUUGGGACGGGGCAAGUUAGGACUAAUAGCGAUGUGACAAGUUGAAAUAAGAAGCUGAUGUGAAACAGGUGAGGCAAUCGUCUAAUCAUAGGCUGCGUUUACAUGGACAACAAUAAUCCGCUCUUAAUCUAAUUAAGACCAUACUUUGAUUAAGAAACCACCAUGUAAACACCAACCUUAAUCUAAUUAAGGUCAUAAUCUAAGUAAGCUCUAAUCGAAUUAAGACAGGUGGAGUACUCCUGUUUUAGUCGCAUUAUGAACGUGUAUUACAGACAUGUAAACACCUUAAUCACAUUAUGAACAUCAUGUGAGAGUUUUCACCACAUUUUGCGACAGGACACGAUCACACACGGCAGUUCUCAAGAUUUUACGGCGAACAAGAGAGCAUGGCUACAAGCAAGAAGGUAAAUUUUUGGUCCGAGCAGGAAACGAUGAUAAUGUUUGGUAUUCUGAAAGAAAUGGAUAUUAUGAAGUUCCUUGAUGGCCCUAAGAACAGGAAUGGUGACAUAUUUAAAAGAGUUGCAGACAGAAUGGGAGAGGAAGGUUACGUACGUACGUUCGACUGAACAAGUGCUCACCCGUUGGAAAAUCCUAAAAACUAGCUAUUAUCGGGCGAAAAAACAGAAUAACCCCAGUGGUUUCCCGUAUUUUGAAAGUAUGCAUGACAUACUCGGUCAUCGACCUUUGUCCAACAUUUCCGAGAGUGGAUUGGACAUUGGGUUUGACGAGGACGAGGAUGCAGCGGAACACCUGAAUUCAGUGGAGGAGAGUGUCGUUGGGGAUGAAGUGAGUUGUCUAGCUCGCCAGGAGGAAAUGAACGAGUAUGCAGAUGAAGAUACCACAUCAUCAGGUGAUACGUCUGGUACUCGAGGAAAGCUUUUCAGCCACAGCACCAGAUGUCGACCCACCCAGGAUACAAGGUUACUCUCGAAGAAAGAAGAAAGUGAGAGGCACUGUGAUCUCUCAGCAUCAGCAGUUAAUCAUGCAGAUGAUGAGGCAACAAAAUGAAUGGUUUCAAAACCAAAUCCAGCAAUCCGAGCAAAAAGAGGAGAGACUCCUUAGUGCUUUAAUUGAGAGCAAUGUCCGUUCCACCGAGUGCCUGAUAUCAGUACCUGAGGGAUUCCAAAGCACCCAGCCACAGCCAAUGUUUGCACCUCCUUCACUGCACCCCCAACACUUUCAAUAUUGUUAUCACACACAGCCAGCUAACUCUCCCAUGCAUGGUUCUGCUGUGUCAAAUACAUCCACUGCUAAACAUGGGUCAGAAGAAGCAAAUAACAAUGCUCGAAUGUACACUCACCUGUGAGCAGCCUGCCAUUAGGUUAGCAGACAAUCUGCUUAUGUAAAAUAGUUUGUGAAUGCCUGUAUUGGCUUCAGAUUAGAUAUGUUUGCCUACCUCAUAUUUGCCUGUGUUACAGGAAAGAAUGUGCCUUGUCUUUUGUUAUAUAAAAUUGCUUAGUAAGUGAAACUUACACCCUGUAUGAGGUUGAAAUGUUUUUUUUUUUUAAUUUAAACCUCUAUUUUUUGUAAAGUAAUAUUUAACAUAAGCGAGCAGAACUUGAAGAGGUCCCUUUUUGUUGUCCUUUUUUACAUUUCAAACCUGUGUGCAGUGUUCCUGGAAUCAAAGCAUAUAAAACCCAACAUAAAUGGUG